CGGAUCAUGCCAGAUAACCGUGAAAAAUGGACAUAAAUCAGAAGUUUUGAUUCAAUUGGACCCAAAAUUUGAUUUUGGGCUAAAUUCAAAGGCAAGCAGCACUAUCUAUUUGACUAUUUGGGCCGCCGAUAUCAGACCGGUUGGGUGAGGGAGACGCUAUCUCUGUGAGAGUGUUGGCCGGCGGGGCAGGUGAGAAGUGAGCCAAAUUCAAAACUUUCAGCGCCUAAACGACUCCGUUUUAGCAACUUUCAGUUCAAGAGACACCUCCUUGAUCGCUCUCGCAUUCUCAGGUUCUGCAUCUUUCUUAACUAAUCUAAGUACCCCUUCAGAAUUCGGAUCCGUAAUUAUUAGAAUCGGGUCAAACUAUGGGCGUCACCCCGAAAAUUGCACCGUCGAUGCUUUCAUCGGAUUUCGCUAAUUUGGCAUCGGAGGCAGAACGCAUGCUCAAUUGCGGCGCUGAUUGGCUACACAUGGACAUCAUGGAUGGGCACUUUGUCCCAAAUCUAACCAUUGGUGCUCCAGUCAUUCAGAGUUUGAGAAAACACACAAAGGCAUAUUUGGAUUGCCACCUUAUGGUCACCAAUCCUCUUGAUUAUGUUGAGCCUUUAGGCAAAGCUGGUGCUUCUGGAUUUACAUUUCACGUUGAGGCGUCCAGAGAAAAUUGGAGAGAACUAAUCCAGAGAAUCAAGUCAAAGGGCAUGAAGCCUGGCGUAGCUUUAAAGCCUGGAACUCCUAUUGAAGAAGUUUAUCCUUUGAUUGAGUGUGAAAAUCCUGUAGAAAUGGUCCUUGUCAUGACUGUGGAACCUGGAUUUGGAGGACAGAAGUUCAUGCUAGAUAUGAUGGAUAAGGUAAAGACAUUGAGGAAGAAGUAUCCUUCCCUUGAUAUAGAGGUGGAUGGUGGUUUAGGGCCUUCAACAAUUGAGAUGGCAGCUUCAGCGGGUGCAAACUGCAUUGUUGCAGGAAGUUCAGUGUUUGGUGCCCCUGAGCCAGCCCAUGUAAUAUCGCUUUUUAAAAAAAGUGUUGAGGAAGCUCAGAAAAACAAUUGAUUUUCAUUCAGGCAAGAUAUAUCAUGAUGUAUUUUUCGACAAAAGAUGCCUAAAGGCUACAUUUUCUUUUGCCUAUUAGAGUUUAUAGAUUCUUUGAUUUUGUUUGUUUUACUUUAUUACUCAUCUUCUCGUCCAGAACUGCAUGCAACUUUUCAUGAUGACGAGACUGCCUUCUUGAAGGUCUAAAUUAAAUUUGAUACAUGUCUUGUGUGUAACUGUUUGAUCGAAAUCCUCCAAUAAAAUCUAUCCUUUAUGCUCAA